AUGGCCCGGACAGAACAUGACUAUCGCACCAGCAUAUCUAACGAUGACACCGAAUCGCGUCGCAGCAGUCACGGCAUAGAUCAAAUUGCAACGUUAGAAAAGCAAAGCACUACCACCUCGGGCUUCUCGGCAUUUGAACAGCGCACACAGUCUAUAGUGUCGCGCAUUCGGAGUCGAGAACCUGGCCAAACGGCAAAGUUCAAUCAUCCCCUCACCCACACCCAGACCAGCCCUGAUGUCAUCGUUGAUUUUGAGGGACCGGAUGAUCCAUACAGGCCCCUGAACUGGGGGUUCAAGAAGAAAGCAAUCACAACCGUUCUAUAUGGAUUAACGACUAUGGGUUCAACGUGGGCGAGUUCCAUCUACUCGACAGGCCAAGCACAAAUUAGCGAGGAGUUUGGCAUCUCGAACGAGGUCUCCACACUGGGCACCUCACUACUGUUGUUCGGUCUGGGAUUGGGUCCAUUGAUCUGGGCACCUCUGUCAGAGUUAUAUGGCCGCAAAACUGCCGUUUUGCCCCCUUACUUUCUUGCGGCUAUCUUUUCCUUUGCGACGGCCACUGCGAAAGAUGUACAGACGAUCAUGAUUACUAGAUUCUUCACGGGCUUCUUCGGCUCGGCUCCCGUGACUAACACCGGCGGGGUUCUGAGUGAUAUUUGGAGCGCCGAAGAGCGCGGAGCCGCUAUUGUCGGCUAUGCCAUGGCUGUAGUAGGCGGGCCUGUUAUUGGGCCUAUUGCAGGAGGUGCCAUCGUCCAAAGUAACCUAGGGUGGCGUUGGACUGAAUAUAUCACCGGUAUCAUGAUGAUCUUCUUUCUAGUCAUGGAUAUCCUUUUUGUCGACGAGAGCUAUCCACCCGUCCUAUUGGUAUACAAGGCGCGACGACUUCGCUUUGAAAGUGGCAAUUGGGCGCUUCAUGCACGCCAUGAAGAGUGGGACGUAACUCUGAAAGAAAUAGGCAACAAGUACCUCGUCCGACCUUUCCAACUCCUCGCAACUCCGAUUUGCUUCCUCGUCGCUCUCUACGCAUCAUUCGUCUACGGAAUUCUCUACCUCAGUCUAGCAGCCUUCCCUAUCGUCUUUCAAGAACUCCGUGGCUGGAACCAAGUCGUCGGAGCCUUACCCUUCCUCGCCUACCUAGUCGGCAUUCUGAUGGGCGGAGCUAUCAAUCUUGCCAAUCAGAAGUUCUACAUUAAGCGCUUCAAAGCGAACAACAAUCGCCCGAUGCCCGAAGCCCGGCUCCCGCCUAUGAUGAUUGGUUCUGUACUCUUCGCAAGUGGCCUGUUCGUCUUCGGCUGGACAAGCCCUAAAAAUAUUCACUGGAUCUGUCCGAACAUGGGUGCAGUUCUAAUGGGCUUCGGUUUCUUCACAAUCUUCCAAGCCGCGCUCAACUACCUUAUUGAUACUUUCCAAAAGUUCUCCGCUAGCGCAAUCGCAGCGAAUACUUUCCUGCGGUCUAUGUUCGCGGGCUGUUUCCCGCUCUUUACAACCGCCAUGUUCCAUAAUCUCGGUGUUCCUUGGGCUGCUAGCGUGUUGGGAUUCAUUUCUGUCGCCCUAAUCCCUAUUCCAUUCCUUUUCUAUCGUUACGGGAAGCGCAUCCGAGCACGGGGGACGUGGUCGCGGGACUCUGUUUGA